AUGGUUGUGGGGUUUUGGGCGCCGGUGCUGAAAGCGCCGGAGGCGUCGAAGGAGUUGGCUGCGCGGGUGCACGGCUGCGGCUUCGUGGCAGGACAUUGGUGGGACAUCAUGCUCGGGCGCUGCUUCGUGGCCGCGAAUGUGUCGGCACACCCCAAGGUGGAGGACACCUUGGGGCGCUACUACUUCGCCACGGAGCCCUUGCCUUGCCAGGAACACCUCCGCGGCCGGCAGCUGCCGCCUUUGCCGGGCCCGAGGUUCUCAGACCGCCUGAGGCGUUUGGGCGCCGCGGUCUGCGAGACCUACGGCUUCGCUCCGGAGCUGCACCGCUUUGCGGUCUGCGAACCGGAAGAGGUGAUGCCUGUCGCGGACUACUGGAUAUCUCCCUUCGCCAUAGGCUUCCACGGCUACAAGAACCUCUCGCAGCUGCUGCACGCCUACCGCGCCUGGGCCAAAGAACGAGACGAUCGCCUAAGCCAUGCCAGCCAAAUAGGCGAUUUGCCACCAUAG